GCUCCCUGAUACGCUGCUGGUCCUCAGUGGGCCUGACUGGGAGCUCUCUCCAUCCACGACAGCAGAAAGAUCCAGCAGCUCUCACAUCACACCACACAUCAGCUGAACCAGCUCUCACUGACCAUGACGGCCAAGAACCGACACAAGAGCACCGCGAGCGAGAAGAGAGAGAGCGCCGCGGCCGCGUCCGCGUCCAGCCCGGAGGAUGCGCCCAAGAAGAGCCCGAAGAGCGCCGGGAACGGGCUGAGUGGCCCCGCGCCCCAGGGGCCACGGUCCGGGAGCUGCCUGGGGCUCAUAGCCACCACUGUCUUCUAUAUCGGCUUGGUAGGAGCUGCGGGCUUUGCUGCUUUCUACUUGCAGCAAGUUGUGGAAGAAAUGAAGCAGACGAGCGGCAGGCACGCGGAGAGCGCGCGGCAGAGCGCAGAGCUGAGCGGAAAAAUGGAGAGCGUCGUUCAACAGGUGGAGUCUCUGAGGAGCGUGGUGGACGGGCUGGAGUCCUCGCUGGGCAUCACGCGGGUGGAGCUGGAGGCCGCCGUCAGCCGCAUGAAGAGGGGCGAGGUGGAGACCAGGAGGGUGGAGGAGGCGCUGCAGAGGCUGCAGAACGACCUGCUGAGGGACCUUUCAGAGGGCAUCAGUGAGGUGAAGGAGGCCCGAGAGAAAGACUUCUCCUCCCUGGAGACGACCGUGGAGGAGCGUCUGGCGGAGGUGAGCCACUCCAUCACCGCCAGCGUGACGGAGUUCACCGAGGCGCAGCGGGAGGCGCAGAGCCAGCUGGCCGACCUCAAGGCCCGGCUGGGGGACAAGGAGGACCCGGCGCUCCUCAAACAGGAGCUCUCCUCCAUCGUGGACGCCGUGGCUGGGAUCAGAGCGGCCCAGGAGGAGACCGACGCCUCCACCAACUCCUUCAGGGAGCAGGUGGGCGCCGUGAGGUCAGAGCUCCAGACUCGCAACCAGGAAGUGGCCUCGCUGUCGCAGGAAGUGGAGACGGUGAGGUCGGUGAUGCAGGAGACCGUGGGCAGUCUGAGGCAGCUGCUGUCUGGAGCCGAGGCAGGCGUCCAGGCGCUGAAGGACAGGAGCGUGACGCUGGAGAGCGGCGUGGAGGACGCCGCCGCCGCCGUCCACAGCGUGGAGAGGAAGCUGGACGCAGCCGCCGCUCAGGCUCAGAGAACAUCAGACGAGCUGGAGGCCAGAGUCAGAGCGUCAGAGCAGAGCGGAGACUCUCUGUCUGCUUCUCUAUCAGACAUCACGAUGAAGGUGGAGUCACUCCUCUCCAGGUAUGACUCCCAUCAGAGCUCUCUGGCUGCUCAGCAGCAGGAGGUGGAGAAGGUUAAAGAUGGCGUGGAGAAGGAGACGGAGGCUCUGAAGAGCAGUCUGGAGGAGCUCCGGUCCAACAUGGCCGCUCUGAGCGGCGCCCAGACCAAGCUGUCUUCUAAGGACUCCAGCCUGGGCCAGCAGGUGGAGGAGCUGGAGAAGAGGCUGGGCGCGGUGGAGGCCAGCAGCAGCAGCGUGAAGCCGGAGCAGCUCAACAACCUGAAGAACAUGAUGGCCGCUCUAGAGAGCAAAGCAGCCAAGCUAGAGGGCCACGACCAGGCCAUCGCUGCUCUGCAGGACGCUCUGCAGGCCACCACACACACACUGGAGGGCUUAUCUAGAGGCAAGAAGGGCAAGUAGGGAGUUAUAGUUAUUAAUGUGCAUCAGGAACCAACAAACAGACAAUAAUAUCAUAAUAAUGAUCCCAAAGGACCACCAGACCACAACCAAAGAACUGUCUCUCAAACAAACUGAUGUCCCCAUGUUGCACAUUUUAGUAGAUAAAGUAUCUGAUUGGAGGAGAGAGGUCAGGGGGAGGGGUCAGAGGUCAGGGGGAGGGUCCUGCUGAUCUGUGAAUUCAAACACACUCAUUCUGCACUGUAGUUCUUCUUUCUCAUGUUUUUUUGUUACAUUUUCUGUGCCAAGGCUGUUUUUUUUUGUUUAAAACAAACCAAAUGCAAUUAUUAGCUCCUUUAGAGCUCUCCUUUGUUUACUCACUAUGUGUUUUCUUU